AUGGCAUCUAGCGAAGCUGCAAAUAUGUUGAAAAAAUCUGAAACAGAACGCACUCCUUUGGUAGGUCGACAAACUCGUCGUCAUGGGCUGCAUCUCAUCAAUAAUCGUCGGUAUCGGCAACAGGAAGAGGCCGUUAAGACUGUGUAUAUUCAUGCGGAGACACAAGUAGCCCUCGAAUUUAGUGAAUCUAAGUUACUCAGUGUUACCCCCGAGGAAAUUGUACACGCUCAUCGACGAGCUAUUACAGCAGCUGUGAUAGAUCUUUUCGGAAACGUUUCAGGAGCUCCAGUUCUUAAUUUUGAUAUUCUCAAAUGCGAACGAUUGCCUGUGGAGAAGGGAGAGAAAGAUAAACUACGUUUUGACCUAAUUAUCGGUGCCUCGAAGCCGCAGCUUAACAAAAUUAUUGCAGCACUUUCUAUGAUUACAGCUGGAUUUUGUGGUGGGACAAUUCUGAAUCUAUUUGUUGAACCGAGUGCUUCUGUUGAAACCCGAGCAUCAGCCCAAUUAAUGGUGAAUGUUUUUGGUUCAGCGAAUUUUCUCACAAAUUUGGUUGCGACAUGCUAA